UCUCAAAGCAGUAACAAAAUCUCUUCACCACCAACACCAUGUUCUUUAAGGUGCUUUGUGUACUAUCUGUAGCUAUCACGGUGGUGUCCGCUUACGGACACUCGUCCCAGUUCGUCCACAAAUACGACGGACACCACGAGCCUGUAUACCACGGAUAUGGUCACCAUGACUACUAUACUCACCCUAAGUUCGAGUUCGGCUACAAAGUAGACGACGACCACACUGGCGACCACAAGUCGCAGCACGAGCACCGCGACGGUGACGUCGUCAAGGGCCACUACUCGCUGCACGAGCCUGACGGCUCUGUCAGGGACGUGCACUACCACGGCGACCACCACAGCGGCUUCCACGCGGACGUGAAGCACAGCACUCACCACAUCGUGCCUCAUCAUCAUCAUUACUAAAUGGAGAUUAAGCCGGUCUUCUGAAAAUCUUAAACUGUUAAUGUAAAUAAUUGUUAAAUAUCAAUUUAGUGUAAUUUAAACAAUAAAAAA